AUGGUGGACGCGCACGCAGACGGCCACCGCGUUGCCUUCAACGAGGCGUUCAGGUCCAUGAAGGGCGAGCUGGGCGGGCACCCCGAGUGGGACCCCAAGACCUACUCUGACCUCAGGAAGCACGCGGACGGCACCCCGCUGGGCAUGCUGUACGUCAGCUUCGAGACGUUUGGCUGGCCUACUACGGUUGGCGAGGACAAGUACGCCCGCGAGGCGUUCAUUCUCGAAAUCCACCAGCGCAAGGUCUCCAUCCUCGAGGACCUCGUCGUGAAGGGCAAAAUCCCGCUCCGGGACGGAGCGCACGCCCUGGUCUCCAGCGCCGUCGCCGCGGGCGCCAAGGUCGCCCUGGUGACACACACAGCAUCCGCGCCCAACGAAGGCUUUACGGACCUCGUCCUGGGACACCUCGGACCCGAGCUCGCCGCCUCCGUGCUGGUGUGUCCCGUGGACAACUCCCCCGGGGGGGUCUCGUCCGACUCAGACAGCGAGCCCGCGACCGGCGACAAGUUGCAAAAGGCCGUGCAGCGCGCCGCGAAGGACGCCCGCAUGGAGGCCGCGUACAGCGCCGCGCGCGUCCUCAAGGGCGUGACCGUCGGCGCGGGCGUCGGGGCCUCGAGCCAGCCAGGCCUCACGGCAUCGUGGCUGACCGCGGUGUCGACGCUGAUGGGCGUUCCGCCGCGGAACUGCACGUACCUGGGCGCGACGACGCCGGGCAUUGCGGCGGCGGCGGGGUGCGGGAUGCUGGCCGCGGCGGUGCCGGCGAAGUUCGACGGCGGCGCGCAGUACGACGGCGCGGACCUGAAGUUCAUGGGGCUGGGGCCGGGCGGCGGCGCCACGUGGACGAAGGUCGAGGCGCUCCUGGCAGCGCGGGCUGCGAAGGAGCAGCAGUGA